GGAAUUUGUAGACGUUCCCUAAACCCACACACACCCAUGAACUGCUCAAAACAGUAGCCAGAGCGACUGAAAGAUCAGAAGACGCCACGGAGGCACUUCGCUUCCUCUAGAGCCGAAGGAGGCCCCUGCCCACGCUGGCGUUGGCGAUUUUCAGGGGCAGAAUUUUCUCCGCUUCCUGCCGGUUCGGUUCCUGGUGCACCAAGCCCGAACUGGGCCAGAGCAAGAGCCUGAGCAUCUGCGGCAAGAGAAAUAUGGAGCAAAGAGCGAUCAAGAACCCGUACAGAGACUAUGAGGGCACACCUGUGUGCACCCAGGGUCUCUUUGACCAGCAAGGCAGACUCACUCCAGACUUCGCAGGCCGUCUGAACAAUAAGAUUGGUGAGCUGCUGGCGCGGAUGGAAAAUGGGUUGAAGUCCGCAGACCCGGGAGACUGUACUGGAUACACUGGUUGGGCAGGCAUUGCCCUGCUCUACCUCCAUCUGUACAAUGUGUAUGGGGAGUCUUCCUUCCUCCAGAAGGCCCUGGACUAUGUGAGCAGGAGCCUGAGGUGCCUGACGCGGCGCUGGGUGACCUUCCUGUGUGGAGAUGCAGGGCCGCUGGCAGUGGCAGCUGUGGUUUAUCACAAACUGCAGAGGAAACAGGAGGCUGAGGACUGCCUGAACCAGCUGCUGCGUCUGCAUCAGUCCGUGGUGAAGGGGGACUCCCGGCUCCCUGACGAGAUGCUGUACGGCAGGAUGGGUUACCUGUAUUCGCUGGUCUUCAUCAACCAGCAGUUCCAGCAGGAGAAGAUCCCCAUGCAGUACAUUCAGCUGAUCUGCGAUGCAGUCAUUGCUUCUGGGGAGAACCUGUCCAAGAAGAGCCGGCACCAGGAGAGGAGCCCUCUCAUGUACGAAUGGUACCAGGAGUACUAUGUGGGAGCAGCACAUGGCUUGGCUGGAAUCUACUAUUUCCUCAUGCAGCCAGGCUUUGGGGUGAGUGAGGACAAGCUUGUCAGGCUGGUGAAGCCCAGCGUGGAUUAUGUCUGCCAGCUGAAGUUCCCUUCAGGAAAUUUCCCUCCCUGCAUCGGUGACACCAGAGACCUACUGGUGCAUUGGUGCCAUGGCUCUCCAGGAGUGAUCUACAUGCUGAUCCAGGCCUACAAGGUGUAUGGUGGAGAGCACUAUCUGUCUGACGCAUUGCAGUGUGCCGAGGUCAUCUGGCAGAGAGGGCUUCUGAAGAAGGGCUAUGGGCUUUGCCAUGGGGCAGCUGGCAAUGCCUAUGGGUUUUUGGCCCUCUACAAGCUAACUCAAGACCCCAAGUUCCUGUACAGGGCCUGUAAGUUUGCUGAGUGGUGUCUGGACUAUGGGAAACAUGGCUGCAGAACCCCUGACACUCCCUUCUCUCUCUUUGAAGGUAUGGCUGGGACCAUCUAUUUUCUCGCUGACAUGCUGCAGCCAUUGAGAUCUAAAUUCCCAGCAUUUGAAUUGUAGAAAGGGGAAUAUUACCAUGAAGUAAGCUGGACUGCAUCACCGGAAUAUACCAUGUCCUGUUCAGCACUGUGCUUGUUUUUCGUUUUCCGUUUUCCUGCAUUUAAGUUUACUGUUGGGGACAUAUUGUAUCUGAAUUGUGAAGCCCUUGCAUCCAGUCAGAAUGGGCUGAGGGGCAGUUUGUAGUUUUUUUGUUAAAUAAGUAGUGUGAUGCCAACUUCUAUGUUACCGUUAACAACAUCUGCAUAAUUCUGAUUUUAUGGUGUUCAUUUGCAGGGUUUGUUUUGUAUUUAUUAGCAGUCCUAAAUGAAAUUCAGUAUCAUCUGCAAAAUAAAGCAGCAUCAUUCUCAAUAGGUUUUUCAACAUUUUGCGGUGGCACAGAGCAGGCUCAGCGGAGAAGAGAGGACUUGAAGAAUAAGCCAUGUCUCACGUCAUGUCACAUGACAUUAACCUAGUGUCCAGUGAGAGAUCAGGUUAUGAUGCAGACUCCACCUAAAACGCUAGAUAUGUAUGCACUGUGGAUCAGGGUAAACAUAAAAUGUCUUACUCUUGACUUUCUCUUGAUAACCCCACUCAACUUGGUAUUUGAGUGUUGUGGUAUUGAAUGUCUAGAAUCUCAGAGAUCUGCCAAUUGGCAGAUAAAGCUUUGUACCGGUAGUUGCCAAACACUUUUGCGUUUCUUUUUUUUGAUGGCUCUAAAACAGGAGUUGUCUGGUCCUGGUCCCAGUGGGCUGACAUGUCUCCUGAUUUUCAAGACCUUUUUAAGGAAGCAGCACCUGAGGAAUGGGAGAUGUUGUAAUAGGUAACCAGCUGGUUUUGCUCGUUAAGAGCAGAGCUGAAAUGGAAGCCCAUGGGCACAUGGCCCUCUGGGACCACAGGACCAGGACUGGACAGCCCUGCCCUGUAGGAAGGACAGCCAUGCAAUGGUAUGGGAAUUGUCUACAGCUCGAGGAUGAUUUGAAAAGGCACAUUUGUAGAUGCAUGGUGAAAGAGAUUCAUUCUCCUUUUCAUACAUGUGGAAAAGAAAACAGCUAUACUGUAUAUGAAAGUAUAUUUAGAGCAUAAUUGAAGCUAGCUAUGAAAUACUCAAAUACAAUUGAUUUGCAAUGGUCUUUUUGUAAAUAUGUGUUAUGUUUAUUGCUAUAAAUUAAAAUAUGCGUUCUGCCUUAUAUUGUUUAUUUCAAGCUUUUCUGUAGAGGAGAAAAAUAUUUGGAUGGGCUUUUUUAUUUCUUGAUUCAUGCUUGUAUUUUAGUUUGUUUUCUUUUACCGCUAUUGUAUUGCUUAUGACUUAAAUACGUUUAGAACAAUAAACAAGUAUUAGACA